GCAGCACAUGGUGGGGGAUCCUGCCAGAUCUCACUCUCUUAUGAUUCUGGCCAUACUUGGGCCGUGAUACAGAGCUGGGAAGGGAAUUGUCCCCGCGUGAGGAAAGGGCAAGAAGGCGAAAUCACAAACACGUACGACGCCAACCAAGAUUAUACAUUUAGAGUGCCAGAAGGGUUACCAUCUUCAGAAAGAGUAAUUGCAGCCUGGACGUGGUUAAAUGCAUUUGGUAAUAGGGAAUUUUACAUGUCCUGUUCCCCUAUCAGGAUCAAAGGAGGC